CCGAGACCAAGACGGGCGGCUAUAAAAGACAAUAUUGGAUAGAAGAGCUCAAUAGUUUUUUGUUCGGUCAUGGACUCCAAUUCCCAACAACCAGGUAGUAGCCCUCCUCCUAAACCGUGGGAACGAGCGGGAACAUCAUCAUCUGGCCCUACACCUUUUAAACCGCCAUCCCCUGGAAGCACGAGUGACGUGGUUGAGGCAUCUGGAACAACGAAACCGGGAGAAAUUGUUCCUGCUACUGGUGGGAAUACAGUUGCCACCGCUAAUUCUUUUGGGAGACCUGUUCCCACUAGGCCCUGGGAGCAACAGAACGCUGGAACCAUGUAUUCGGGUUAUAAUAAUGGGUACGGUACGGGAAUGUAUGGAAAUUCCUAUGGUGGAAUGUAUGGCUCUUCGUAUGGUGGAGCUGGAGGGUAUAGUGGUGGGAUGUAUGGGAACAGUUCAUAUAGAGGAGGUUACGGGGGGAUGUAUAAUGGAGGCAUGUACGGUGGCGGUCUUGGUGGCGGUCUUGGUGGCCCAAUGGGUGGUUAUGGAGUGGGCAUGGGUCCUUGCGGUGAUCAAGAUCCAAAUAAUCCCUUUGGUGCUCCACCGUCACCUCCAAGCUUUUGGGUUUCUUUUCUUCGAGUUAUGCAAGGUGUUGUGAAUGUUUUUGGCCGGAUAUCAUUCUUGAUUGACCAGAACACUCAGGCAUUCCACAUGUUCAUGUCUGCCCUUCUUCAGCUCUUUGAUCGCACAGGGUUAUUGUAUGGAGAGUUGGCUAGAUUUGCUUUGAGAUUGUUGGGAAUCAAAUCAAAGCCCCGGAAGGUUCAAGGGCCAGGACCUGAUGGAUUCCCUGUCCCCCACAACCCCCGUGGGAAUCAGAACUACAUUGAGGGGCCAAAGGCUGCUCCAAGUGGUGCAUGGGAUAAUGUAUGGGGAGACAGUCCUAGCAACUGAGCAUAUUAAAUCUAUAUCUGUUUUUCUUGAGAAAUCACAAGAUUCUAGAGCUGUAUGAUGGAGCAGUUCAGAUGGAGGACAUACCACCCCUACCUUUCUAGUUCCGGCCUGCUAUGAUGAAAAUGCCGUACCUACUUUCCCAGGUUGGUUUUGCUACGCGUCUUUCGUUUGCUAAUAAUCCUCUCUGGAAGAACCAAUUGUGUCCUCCACAGAACAUAUAUCAUGGUCUUGCUGUAUGUGCUCAUUUUGUACCAUAAAACCUUAAGUUACUGAGAAGAUAUGGAUACCACCCCCAUGAUGUUAGAAAGAGAUGGCUGAUAAUCUGUCUUGGUAUCUUCAACUUUUCAUUAAUGCAAUUUGAAUAAUGAAUAUUAUGUGUUCCUCUUUGCGUCA